AUGGACCAGGAGAACGUGCCGCUGACGCCCCAGGUGCGCAAGCGGGGCGCGCGCGAGAGCGCGGCGCCGAAGCGCGUUGCACGCACGUACACCGCGGCGAAGCGGGGCAUCCCGUUUGCGCCGGUCAACCGCUCGCUCGAGAGCCAGAUGGAGAGCCUCUCGGUGCGGCCCAAGAAGCGCUCCUUUUUCCGCGUCGUGCCGCGGGCGCGCCGCGAGGCGCCGCAGCGCAGGCUCACGCCGGUCGCGGGCGUGCAGCAGCUGCGUGCGGCACCGGCGGCGCGCCUCCCGGUCGAGCUCGUGCGCCAGGUGCGCGCGGCGCUCGCGACCGAGAGCGACUCGUGGGUCGCUCAGUACGUAGCGGCGGGCGGCUACGAGGCGCUGCACGACCGCCUCUCGGAGAUCCUUGGCAUGGAGUGGCGCGAGGAGCAGCACGACGACCAGCUCCUGCACGAGCUCCUGCGCUGCCUCGCCGCGCUCGGAACGCUCCCGGCGGGGACCGAGGCGAUGCAAAAGAGCGCUCCGCGGCCGUUCCAGGAGCUGGCGCAGCUGCUCUACUCCAAGAAACGGCCCGCGGACCUCGACGCACGCCGCCUGAUUGUAAAGCUCUUGCUCCUCGGCACCGGCCUCGCGAUGCCGCAGCCAAACGUGGACCACGCGCCGAGCGUCGCCAAGGCGGGGCAUGCGCCGAGCGGCGUCGUGUACGUGCUCUCGCUCUUGCACGCGGCGCGGCCGGAUACAUCGCGCGUCGCGUUCCUCCCGCAAAAGGUGCGGCCCAUGCGCCCGUUUGUCGCCGAGCUGCAGACGCUCUGCGCGGAAUUCUUUUGGAUCUUUUGCCACGACCACAACACGAUUGAAGAGUACGACGCAAUCGACGUCCAGGCCGCGACUCGCCCACGCGUGCCGAGCGGCAUGACGGGGUCCGUCGAGUCGGAAGCGAUGGCGUACGUCACGAUGCACCUGCGCCUCGUGAGCACGAUCCUCGAGGCACUCCCGGACGACGCACGCACUCAGCUCUGCGCCGACCUCGAAGAGGGGGGGAUGAACGACGUGGUGCACAUGCUGCGCAAGGCCUCGACCGAGUACUAUCCCGCACUGCACGUCGAGCUCGCACGGCUCGUCGCACGCAUGCGCGGCCCGGCCGCCGCCGCCCCGAGCGCACACCGCGCUUGUUCGCCCGCAUACGGCGCGCACCGCGCGCUCUCGCCCGAGUACGGCGCGUACCGCGCGCCGGAAACCAACGCGCUCGACGAGCUGCGCGCACUCUCGCCAGACAGUCUGUGCGGCCUCGGCCUCGGGCGCCCGCCGAACCCGCUCGACUCGCACCGCUCGAAAGCGCUGCCCGAUGCGCCGGGCCAGGCGCCGGGGCGCGCCGUCUCGGCGCUGGACGCCGAGUCGUCGAUGCGCGCGGUGUCUGCCUCGGACGCGGACACAUCGAUGCGCGCAGUGCCUGCGUCCGCAUCGCCGUUUGCCGACGCCGAGACAUCGAUGCGCGCCGUCUCGACGUCCGCGUCGCCUGCCCCACCCCCCAAGGCGUCGCCCGCGUCGCCGGUGCCCGUCCCCGCACUGCCGCUUUCUCCCACGCCCUCUGCGCCCCGCCCCGUCGCGCGCGUCCGCAUCACGUCCAUCACCUCGGAGCGCAGCACGUACACGCCUCCCCCCCCGACGCCCCCGUCGCCCGAGCCCGAGCCCGAGCCCGCGCUCGGGGGCCUGGCCCUGGCGCACCUGUUCUAG